GUCCGGCCCGGGGCAAGGCUCUGAGUUUCCGAGGCUCCGCUGAGAGGCCGGGCAGCAGCAAGACCGCUGCUCGCGAGCCGACAAGCUGCAGCUGGAACUGGAACCCCGUGGGGCCGAGGCCCCAGCUGCCGGGCAGCGGCUCCUUCAGGCCGAGGCCCCAGCGGAGAAUGAGCCGCAGGCGGUGGCGAGCUCCCGCCGGAGCGGCCGGGCCGGGAGCAUGCUGCGCUGGUUCAUCACUGUACUCCUGUGUGCCUCCUUCCUGGGGCUGGGAAUGAGUGUCGCUAUUCUGGGGCCCACGUUUCAAGAUUUGGCAACAAAUGUGAACCGCAACAUCAGCAGUCUUUCUCUGAUUUUUGUGGGCCGUGCCUUUGGAUAUUUGGGUGGCUCUGUGAUUGGUGGAGUUCUUUUCGACACUAUGAAUCAUUUUCUACUUUUGGGGAUUUCGAUGUUUGCAACUACAGUUGGUCUUUAUCUUGUUCCAUUUUGUAAGACCGCAGUGUUACUGAUUGUCAUGAUGUCCAUCUUUGGUGUUUCAAUUGGCAUUCUGGAUACAGGUGGUAACGUCCUAAUCUUGGCUAUUUGGGGGGACAAAGGAGCCCCACACAUGCAGGCCUUACACUUCAGUUUUGCCUUGGGUGCCUUUUUGGCUCCACUGCUGGCUAAAUUGGCACUGGGCAUGGUGGUGCCUGCUGAAAACCACACAGAGGCUGACUUUAACCAUUCUGCCUUCAACCAGUCACCUGAAGCUGACUCAGAACCUCUACUUGGAAUACCUGAUGAUAUGAAUUUACUUUGGGCUUAUGCUGUUAUUGGUGCUUAUAUUUUUGUGGUUUCUCUCUUUUUAUUCAUUCUGUUCUUAACAAAAAGCUCCAAGUGGGAAAAAGCAAAAGUGUCUGCUCAGAAGUCUCGAAGAGCUAAAUACCACAACACCCUUCUUUGUCUCCUUUUCUUGUUCUUCUUUUUUUAUGUUGGAGCGGAGGUAACAUACGGCUCUUACGUUUUCUCAUUUGCAACCACCCAUGCUGGCAUGAAAGAAAGUGAAGCAGCUGGGUUGAACUCCAUCUUCUGGGGGACCUUUGCCGCCUGCAGGGGCAUGGCAAUCUUUUUUGCUACGUGUUUACAACCUGGAACCAUGAUUGUGUUGAGCAACAUUGGCAGCCUGGCUUCAUCUUUAUUUCUGGUGCUUUUCAACAAGAGCACAGUUUGUCUCUGGAUAGCAACUUCAGUGUAUGGGGCCUCAAUGGCAACCACGUUUCCCAGUGGUGUGUCUUGGAUUGAGCAGUACACGACCAUCCAUGGGAAAGCUGCAGCAUUUUUUGUAGUCGGUGCUGCCCUGGGAGAAAUGGCUAUUCCUGCAGUAAUUGGAAUUCUUCAAGGAAAAUACCCAGAUUUGCCUGUAGUUUUGUACACUUCUUUGGGGUCGUCAGUAGCCACUGCUAUUUUAUUCCCUGUGCUGUAUAAGUUAGCCACCUCACCUCUUGAUCAUCAGCGAAAGGAACACAGGAAAAGUGAGGACCAGAAAGCUUUGCUCUCUGGCUCUGGGCUAAAUGACUAUGAGGAAGAGAAUGAAGAAGAAGAUGCAGAAAAAUGGAAUGAGAUGGACUUUGAAGUGAUUGAAAUGAAUGAUACAACGAGGAAUUCUGUAAUAGAGACAUCUAGAAAUAUCUUGAUGGAGCCCACAACUGAAGUCUCCAACCAAUCCUACUCAAAUGUGUUAAUGUUUGAGUCCUCUCCAGUUAAUACUGGCAAGUCCCCUGGGAACCACUUGCAAGAAACCAGGACAAAAGGGACUAAUGCUUAGAGGAGAUGGAUUAUUUACUGACUUCCUUGAGUUACUACCAGUUCUAAAGAAACCAGUCAGAGCAAAGCAUAACAAAUUUUCAACAUGCUUUGGGGAUCAAACUUUCUAGGUCCGAGUAUACCAAAUGCUGAAAAGUUUUGAAACGUUCUGUAAUUCCCAGGGUCUUUCAUAAAGAAUCAGUGGUCUCAUACAGCAGGACCUUGUUGUGAGGCUAGUGUUUGGCAUGUGAUUGAUUAGUUAAUAUUUUCUGGCCUUCCCCCUGCAGAGCAUGCAGAGAAGGCAUUUGUUUUUGAGAAGUUGGGUGCCGUCCUGAUAGAACGAAGCUGUGUAGUAGGUGAAUUGGUUAGCUGAACAAAAUAUUAGUCAUCAGUAUUCUACCAGGGAAGUUGAGGAGAGUCAUUUCAUAAAAGAGCAUCUUUGAAAAUGGACAUAGAUUUUUAUUAAUUGCUUUACUCUGUAGUGUUGGACCAAAGAAUGCUAAUGACUCAUGAUUUCUGAUUUCUAUGAAGAGAACACAGAACAGGACCCCAGAGACCUGACUUAAGGCUUUCACAGAUGCUUACUUGUCUUCUGACCCUGUACUCAGUUAUUUAACUUGUGAAGCCUCAUUUAUCUCAUCUCCUGAUCUGUGAUUCUGAAUGAAAAUAAGAUGACUUUCAAACUAGGAAUCCAUAAGUUUUGGAGUUUGUGCAAGAUGUCUUCUAGAAAUUAAUAUAAGUGCCACCCCAGUCUUCAUUUUAAAUGAGAAGUGAAAAAAAUUGAUAGCUUUAAGGAAGUCUACUGAUGAUGAAUACAUGUCAGUUUAAGAGACUCAGUGUUUAAUACUUUAUUUGAAUUAUUUGAAUCAUUAUCUGAAGAAUACAUUUUUAGUACUGUAUUUCAUUGAUUCUGAGAUGCACCUUUUUCACAUUUUUAACAUCUCUAAAAUCAGGAUGUGUGUUAAAAUCAAUGAUCAUUUAACAUUGUGGCUAAAUUUAAUUGACAUGUUUUUUCCAUUUACUUAUAUAAAGUAAUGUUGCAUUUUACAAUCAGUGUCUUAGUUUCAGUGAAAUAUAGUAUGUAAUUCAAUAAUGGAGAUUAUACUAUUUUUAUAGACAUUUAAAAAAAGAAGUUAUUUUUAUAUGCUAAUUUUCUCUGAUUAUGUUCAAACUGGAUUUAGAGAUGCCUUGUUCUAAUUUUAAAAGCUGUUUGAGAGUUACUGUGCUAGUAGUAGGGCUGUGGACGUGGUCUCUUGAGGUUCUUUGCCUACCUCAGUAACAAAGUCUGGGUCUGAGACUUACUGUUCCAGGAGUUCCUCCUCUUUGAGUCUGGUUGGUAAUCACGUUGUAAGCACUGUUAAUCAGGUUGCUAGUUUAAUUUACAGUGAGACACAAUCUUUUCUAGUGAUUGGAAUACUUGUAUCACCCAUCCAGGCCUCCUCCUCCCUCAGUUUGAAAUACUUGGGAAAUGAAAGUAAUGAUGAGAAAGUGGCUUGGAGGCCCUAAGAGUCAGGGGUCAUGAGUGUGGCAUAUCUGAUGUGGGUUAUCAUUUGAUACAUGACUGGCACUGAUGACAGAUUUUGUUCACUUCUUUUUACCACAUUUUAUGCUAAGUAACACCUAAUUUCUACCCGGUUAUAGUAUGUCUGGUUUUUCUUACCUAAUUUCUAUAAAUUUGCCUUUGUUUUUUCUUAAGUGGAAUGCAGUAUCUUUCUUGACCACUGUCCAUUAUUGGUUAAUAUUAAUAAUCUGACAGUUUUGGGGAGGGCUGGUGGAGAAAUUAACAGUGAAAAGCCCAUUCUCCUUGCUCUUUUUAUACCAUACUUUUCUCUUAGCUAGAACUUGGAGAUUACCUUUGCUCCAUUGACUGCUUUUUCUCAGGUUGAUGGUAUUUAGGCAGUAACAGCUAUUUGGCAUCUGGGCAACUUGCUAGGAUAGGGAUUGUACCUGCAGCAUCUACAUUUAAGAGGUGAAAAUGUAACUCAGGGAGAGACGGUAAUAUGAACAUGGCAGAAAAUUUGGAAACGCAUGAAAAAUGCAUUAGAAUUCUAUAAACCAAAAUGUGAAUGGCCAUAUGAGAUUAUAGGAAUUGUUAAAGUUUGCUAAUGUAUUUCCAUAUUGGAAGGAUAAGACUUAGUACAAUUCCAAGAAUUAGCAUUCAUCCUAAUAAUCAGUUCUUGGUUAAGUGUCUGCUGAAGUAGAAGUAACCAAUACCAAAUUUUUCUGUUGCUGAGUAACAAAUUACCACAAAUUUAGCAGCUUAAAGACAACAGACUUUUUUUUUUUUUUUUUAAGCCUCACGAUUUCCUUGAGUUGGGAAUUUGGGCACAACUUCACUGAGUUCUCUUCUCAGGUUCUCACAGGGCUGCAAUCAAGCUGUUGGAUAGAGCUGUGCUUCUUUUUGGUGCUUGGGCUUCCCUUCCAGGGCCAUGUGGUUUUUUGACAGUAUUCAGUUCCUCGCUACAGUGGGCUGAGGUCCUUGUUUUUUGCUCUCAGCAGACACCAGUCUCAAUUGCUGGAACCUCCCACAGAUCCUUGCUGUAUGGCCCUUUUAUAGGUCCUCUCACAACAUGGCAGCUUAUUUCUUCAAAGCCAGCAGGAGAAACUCUCACCGGAACCUGCUAAACUGGAGUGAGAAGGAGUCACAGAUUCUGCCCCAAAUCAAGGGGAGAGGCUAAUAUAGAUAUGUAUCUGAUUAGGGGGUCACCUUAGGAUGUGUCUUCUGCACUCAAGUACCUGUAAAAUCAAGGUUCAGGGGAGCCAAAAAUUUUGAGCUGGGGGAAAAAACCUUCAGCAGGCACUGAAAGUAAUUAUAGACACAGGCCGUUGAACGUAUUAGUGUGGGGAUGGAAGACUCCCUCCAGGCCAGGCCAAUAAACCUGGUAAGUGAGAAUCUUCGUUUUGCACGUGGGGCACAGGAGGGGUUAACUCGGAGUUAGGCUUUUGUUUUUUCUCUUGAAUUUUAUUUUAUGUCAUUUACCACUGUGCUUUUUAACCUGUUCAUAUGCAGCAUAAUAUGAGGGAAAUAGGUAAAUUUCAGUUUAAUUAUAUUUUCAUAGUGAAGUCCAGGAACACUUUGAGAGCAUUUUUCAGUUACUCUGUUAUUUCUUUUAAUUGUUUUUUUGAAAAUCAUUUUUUAUUAUAAAAGUAAUGAUAUAAGAAAAGGUCAUGGUAGAAGAUUAGGGAAGUACUUGAACAUGUAAGGGAGACAUAUAAGUAAUCAUAAUCCUAAACAUCUAGAAAGUUAUUUCUAAUCAACUUAAUUUCCUAAGCAAAGGGUACAGUGUAAGAAAAAAAAUUCCUUCUACCAGAUAAGUUAUCAGAAACAACUUGAAUUUUGUGUCCAGAGUACAUUGACACUGUAUUUGGUGGACUGGUUUUUAGUUUGAAGAAUUAUAGUUUAUUAAAAACAAAACCAAAAACAAUGUAGCAACACACUCCUGAAAAAUAUGUGAGACCCAGAUUACAUGUAAAAUGAUUUUGUUUGAAGUAGAUUUGUUAAAUAAUCAGAAUGGAUUUUUCAUAACCAGAACUUUCGGUUUACCAUAGCAAUGUAUCAUUCAGUCCUGCCACUUAAAAGUUAUUACUAGAAUAGAGCUUAAAAUUCUUAAUGUAAGUAGCUGUAUUCUUCUGGGAUGCCCUGUUUUUGUGUUUGUUAAGUGCCCUUGUUUUUUUCAUAGUGUUGCAAAUGUGUUUGUGUGCAUUUGCUUAUGUGAACCUGGGUUUGAUUUUUGCUUAUACUAUGGAAAUGCAGUGGGGGUAGAGGUGAUAGGGGAUACAGGAAAGCUUACUGUAUGAUUCAAAGUUUAUUAAAAAUAUUCUUUUAUUUGUUUUUGUUUCUUUUUUCUUUUUUUUUAAGUUGGUAUUUUUUUAAUAGGGAAAAGUUCAAAUAUAUUAUUUUGUUGUACUCUUUGAGGAUCAAGAUUCAUCAUGAUAUGAUUGUAAUUUUUUUUUUUCAAUGGAAGUACUGGGAAUUGAACCCAGGACCUCCUAGAUACUAAGCAUGUUCUCUGCCACUGAGCUAUAUACCCACCCCCCAGAAAUGUUCUUUUUUUAAUUGAAAAUUUUACAGAGAUUAUUGUAGAUGCACAUGCAGUUGUAUGUAGUGUUAUUUUUCAGAUGUGCUCAGUCUGCAAGGGUGGAGAGUUAGACAAGUGCUUCUCAUACUUCAAUGUGCAUUAGAAUUGCUUAUUAAAAUACAGAUUCUCAUUUAGUUGGACUGGGUUGGGGACUGAGAUUCUACAUUUCUAACAAGCUCUUAGGUGAUGAGGUACCUAUUUUUCCAGUGUCUUCAUUGGAGAAAUGUUUGUUUAGGUCUUCUGCCCAUUUUUUGAUUGGGUGUUUUUUUUUUAUUGAGUUAUUAUAUGUGCCUUUUGUAUAUUC